AUGUCGACCUCGAAUUCCAUCAAGCAAGCCGCUGAAGCAGCACGCGGAAAAACCACCGAAGCUAUGGAAGCUACCAAAGCAUUCGCAGAUUCUGCCAAGGCAGAUCCAAUAGCUGUCAAGAAUGACUUCCUACACACACCUUUCAUGCGAGCAGCUCUACCAUUUAUCAAUGGCGGUGCAGCAGGUAUGGUGGCCACCACGGUGAUCCAGCCAAUCGACAUGAUCAAAGUACGACUGCAACUAGCUGGUGAGGGUGUCAAAACUGGCCCAAAGCCAUCGCCAUUGUCUGUGACAAGAGAAAUUAUAGCGGCGGGCAAGGUGAUGGAUCUAUACACUGGUCUCUCCGCAGGACUUCUACGGCAGGCCGUAUAUACGACAGCACGUCUCGGCUUCUUCGACACGUUCAUGAAGAAAUUGACAGUUCGGGCGAAAGAGAAGGGAACUCAAAUCGGUUUUGCUGAACGUGCUGCAGCGGGUCUAUCGGCUGGUGGACUUGCUGCCAUGAUUGGAAACCCUGCAGAUCUAGCAUUGAUCAGAAUGCAGUCGGAUGGACUAAAACCGCUCGCUGAAAGAAAGAAUUAUACUUCCGUUAUUCACGCUUUGCAGAGCAUCGCAAAGUCUGAAGGGGUUGGUGCACUUUGGGCUGGUGCUGCUCCAACGGUAGUUCGAGCAAUGGCUCUGAACUUUGGCCAGUUAGCAUUCUUCUCAGAAGCUAAACAAAGAUUGAAGGACACGAAUAUGAGCUCGAGGGCUCAGACUUUGAGUGCCAGUGCGAUUGCGGGAUUCUUUGCGAGUUUCUUCAGCUUGCCAUUUGACUUUGUUAAGACAAGACUGCAGAAGCAAUCACGCCGAGCCGAUCGAACCUUGCCGUAUAAAGGAAUGGGCGACUGUUUCAGAAAAGUUGCGGCAGAUGAGGGAAUUCUGAGAUUCUAUAGAGGAUUCAGCACGUACUACGUGAGAAUCGCGCCUCAUGCGAUGGUGACACUGAUUGUUGCCGACUACCUCGGAUUCAUCACAAAGUAA